UCGGAUACCACUAAAAGAUGUUGAAAACAUUGAUACUCGUGACUCUGCCAGAUCUAUAUCUCCACCUCCACAUCCCCCAAAAUCUCAACAACAACAACAAAAUUUGCCACCUCCUACUACUGCUUCCAAUACUGCUUCUUUAAUGGGAUCUUCAUCUCCUCAUAUACGUGAACCAAACAGAUCAAACUCACUGAGCCCUUCACCAACUCAACCAUCACAACAAAGCUCUUCUAAUAAAAAUAAAUCUGGACAAUAUGGGCGUGUUUAUCUUGCAAGAGAGAAAACAAGCGGAUAUAUUGUUGCAUUGAAAGUGGUGUCCAUACCUGAAAUUAUCAAAGCUAAAACUGAAAAUCUAUUAAGAAGAGAGAUUGAAAUACAAAGUAAUCUAAAACACGCAAAUAUUCUACGUCUAUAUGGACAUUUCUAUGAUGAAACACAUGUAUUUCUGAUUCUUGAAUAUGCAGCUGAAGGUGAACUUUAUAAGCAUUUAGAAAAGUGUACCAAAUUUACUGAAAAACAGGCGUCAAGGUAUAUUGCUCAGGUGGCAAGUGCUUUAGUUUAUCUUCAUCAAAAGCAUAUUAUACAUCACGAUAUCAAGCCUGAAAAUCUUUUGUUGGAUUUUAAUGAUGAACUUAAAAUAGCCAAUUUUGGUUUGUCAGUACAUACUCCUAGUCAAAGAUGCACAACAGUUUGUGGUACAUCAUAUUACUAUCCACCAAAAAUGAUCGAGUGUUCAAAAAUUGAUUUAUGGUCUCUUGGCAUCUUGUGUUAUGAAUUAUUGUCUGGCACUGCACCAUUUGCGGAAAAGGAUUGUUCUGCUACGUAUGAAAGAAUCAGAAGAGUUGAUUUUAAAAUGCCUCAACACUUUUCAGAAAAUGCUAAGCACUUGAUUAGAUCGCUUCUUCAAAAAGAUCCUGAUAAACGAUUACCUUUGGAAGAAGUCUUGAAGCAUCCUUGGAUCUUAAAGCAUAAGAAUCCAACCUAA